AUGGGUGACCCCGAGGAGACUUUCGGGGGGGACGCCGACGCCAGCCCCGCGCCUUACGAGGAGCUGGUGUCCGCCCUGGCCGGGGGCCUGUACGGGGAGCUGGAGCGGCUGGUGGGGGCGCACGGGCCCGGCGCGGUGGCGGGGCUGCUGCCCCAGCUGGUCUCCGUCCUGGAGUCGCUGCAGGGGGCGUGCGGGCAGGUGCGCGAGCGGGACCAGGCCCUGGAGCGCCUGCGCGACGACCGGCUGCGCCUGCUGGAGCAGUACGAGCGGGAGCGAGGGGGCCGCAAGCGGGCCGAGGAGCGCUUCAUGGAACUGGAGGACGCGAUGGAGCAGGAGCGCAAGGCGCACGCCGCCACCGUGACUCGGCUGGAGGGGCAGAGCCGUGCCCUGGAGGGUAAAGCGCGGAGCCACGCCGAUCAGGUGGCCAGCCUGGAAGACCAAAAGUCUUCGCUCUUGAAGGAGCUCUCGGCUCUCCAUCAGACCCACACAAAGAUGAUGCAGAGCUACAGGGAGCUGAAAGCGCAACGGGUGGCGUUGGCUGGCGUAGGCCACACGGGAUCUCCAUCUGUAGAGACGAAAAGGUUGAAGCCCCCACCCAUCCGGGAGCCCCCACAGUUUCUGCCAAGCAUCUCAGACCCUGGAGCGCCCGAAUCACUGCAGCCCCUAGAGCAGCCUGGAGAGAUCCGAGAGCCGCCCUGCUCGGAGAAGACACCCCAGAAAGGAGCAGGAAGAAACGACUGCCCUUUGGCCCAAGAGAUGGUGCAGCAGCCAGAGAAAGAGGCUUCUCCUGCCCGAGAGGAACGCUUUGACCUGGAUGAUCUUCUGAGCUCCACUCCAGAACUGGCGCCUGCUCCGCAGCCCCCGAGCAGCCCCCUGAGUACCACCCUCGAGCGCAACACGGUCUCACUUUUCGCCGAGGUCUUGGGCCUCAGCCCAGAAAUUAUCAGCGAUAUGGACGAUGGUGCCGACCUGCAGGGGGAUGUCUUAGAAACCCUAAUGGCGGAAAACUCGCAACUACAAGAGGCACGGAGCGCUCUGGAUGCUGCCCGCCGCCAUCUCAUUGCCCGUGUGGAGGAGCUCAGUGAGGACCGCGAGUCGCUGAGGUUGGAGCGAGACUCGACCGUAGGGAGCCUGAGCCGCUGCCAAGUGCAGCUGAAGGAGGCCGAGUCGGAGCUUAGUCGGAUCCGACAGGAGCUGGAGGAAACCAGGCGUCCGAGUGACGAUGGGGAGGCUGAAGCGGGCCCCUCCAGGCCUCAGCGGUUCACCCGGGCAGAGAUGGCGCGGGUGGUGAUGGAACGCAACCUCUACAAGGAAAGGCUGAUGGAGCUGCAAGAAGCUGUCCGGCGCACUGAGCUGCUCAGGGCUUCGCGAGAAGAACAGGCAGUUCAGAUGAAAAAAUCAUCUUUCUGGAAAAUUUUUGAUCACUUAUUUAGCCCCUCGGACUCUCCAGAGAAAACUCCCGCAUCCCCCCUGCUUGCAAGGCGGGCCCAAUCCAGCCCCAGCAUACGUAGCGAAUUGGGACGGAAUGGUGGGCAGGCGUCCCCGGCUUUGAGAUACAUCCCACGAGCAACCUCGCCCACUGAGGCUGACUCCUCCCCGCAACAGAAGCGCCACGAGCUGUACCGUGAUAUCCGUUCGCACAUCUGGCAGGAGCAUGGCCGGGCGCAGAUCCAUGGGUGGAGCCAGCCACCGGCAUUCCAGGGCCACGAUCCACCUCCAGGGGGUGCUGACGUCCCCAUGCUUGUGCAGCUACGGAUGUUGGACCAGAAGGACCCGAGCACCAAGCUAUGGUGCGCUGCAGCAUCUGUUGGGCUGGAACCUCAAGAGACGCCAGAGGCCGGCACACCUGAUCAGUGCCUUGGGGGCAGCUCUCUGUUGUGGGUGGCCUCUGGGACCCACUCGGCAAGCGAAGUGAUGCUUUUCGACGCUCAGAACCCAAACCGGCUCCUGGAACAUUUUGUGUUACCUGGAAUUCACAUCCUCUCCCUUGCGUGUGUGCCCGGCCUUACGGUACCUGGAGGAGAGAGCCCUGAGCUCGAGCCAGAGAUCCUCGAAGAUCCCCUGGCACCUGGAUCUGACAGCGAGGACGAAACGCUGGAAAUGGAGGCGGUCGGCACGGAACCCACUGUGUGGUUUGGGACCCAGGAGGGAUGCAUCUCUGUCCACUCUGCCGAGACAGACUGGCGACGCUGCCGGGGGAGAGCCCAGCUGAAGGACGCUGUCCACUGCAUUGUCCACUCCCAGGGCCGCGUUGCAGCAACACUAGGGGACGGAUCCGUGGCCAUUUUCCACCGGAACCCCGUUCGAAAGUGGGACCUGCGUUCCCCGCGCCUGGUUGACUUGGGAAGGCCGCGGCGCUCCAUUCGUUGCGCCAUCCCUGUGCUGGACCGGCUGUGGUGCGGAUACGGAAACCGAAUCUACGUGCUGGACCUGCGCACUGCUCGCAUCCAGCGGUACUUCGAGGUGGCUUCACAUCCCGAAAGUCAAGUGCGGCAUAUGGUGGCGGCUGGCAGUGGCAUAUGGGUCUCGGUUCGGCUAGAUUCCACUCUGCGCUUGCUCCACGUGGAGACUGGGCAGCCCCUGCAGGAAGUGGAGUUGGGACCCUACGUCAGCCGCAUCCUUGGGCCUAAUAGCCUUAGUUUAGCCCUGAACAUCACAGCGCUUGGUGCGUUUGGGAAGCGGCUGUGGGUCGGCACAUCCGGAGGCACCGUCAUCUCCUUGCCCUUCAUCUCGGAAUCUGUGGGAAGCUCACAGUCUCCUGCACCCGCUGGCAUCCCUUACUGUGCCAUGGAGCACGCCCAGGUCAGCUAUCACGGGCACCGUGACGCAGUUCGCUUCUUUGUCUCUGUCCCAGGAUGUAUGGAUCUGUCGUCUUUGGAGCAUCCCAAGGAGUCCCACAAAGAGAAGCCAAGGAAGCCUUGCACUUUGGUGCUAAGUGGAGGGGAAGGCUACAUUAAUCUCCGAAUAGGAGACGACACCGAUGAACGCUACGGCGACCUGCUGCUCCCUAACCCCCGCUUACGUCGUGCCGAGCGAAGCCACCUUAUCGUCUGGCAGGUGCGGGCCUGAGGCUUCGGUGAUGGGCAUG